UUUUUGUGAGAUUGAAAAAGAAAAAAGUAUAUUUUACACGAAAGUCGAGAAAAAUAAAAGUUGGUAGCGUUUGGUUAAAUAAGUGAUUUUUUCUUUAAAAAAACCACAAUCACUUAAAUUAAGAACAUGCAAAUAGAGCCUAAGAAAUUAAGUGCUUGAAUUAAGUCAUUGAGUUGUAAGCCACUCUCGGCUUUUACUAUAAGGCUAUGUGAUCUUUUUCUAAUUUACAUGCAAUGCAAAGUUAUUUUCCAAACAAACAAUGUAAAGUUUUAAUGUGUAAACUAUCAAACAAUAUAUUUAUAUUUUAUAUGCAAAAUAAUCGCGUCCUUACAAUUUAUUUGCAAUCAGUUUACAUGUAAAGUUUAAUGUGCAAAGAGCCAAACACCCAUGUAAGUAUACUACGAAUAUUUGAAUAAAAAAAGUAUACUAGUACUACGAGUAUUUAAUUUUUUUUGAAAACAAAACACUUUCAUUUAUUAUAGAUAUCCUUCCUAAGAAGAGGUGGUACAUCAACCCAUAGACAAUCAAACUCUGAAAUAGCUUGCUCGGCUAGAGCAUUAGUAAUCCUAUUCGCUAAUCCUCGCCAUACUGGGCAGAAAUAUCAGCACUUAAUGUUAUCAUGUGUCUAAUAUCAUUCGCUAACAUCGCAUCAUAGGAGCAACCCCCGAACCCUUCACCUGCUGAACCACAAGCAAAGCGUCUGACUCUAUUAUCACUCGGUGCCACCCUUGUGCCUUUGCCCACUUCACAGCUUCACCAAUUGCUAUGUACACAGUAGUCGUCGCUUGGAGACAUCCAACAAAGCUCUUCCUCAUCCCUCGAAUAAAACUUCCCUCAUCAUCACUAGCAACCAAACAAAUAUCCCUUCUCAUACCGUUUUGACCCAGCGCCCCAUCCACAUUAAUUUUUAUACUGUUUACUCCAUUUGACCUAUUCUCUCUUUUGAGCCAAACUCUUUGUGUUGUUUAUGCACUUCCUUACAACCAUUCAAGACUGUCAUAGUGUCAUGGCUAUUCUCUCAUCCCCUUCCAACCUGCUUUGUGUUUAUUCCAGACGCUAUCAUUUCUAAUUUUCCAUAGGUUCCAACACAUCAUCUUAAAAAUUCACGCCUUCUCUUUCGACAUUCCCCCCAUAACAUUACCCGCCUAGUCCGCCACCGAUCCACCUCCCUCUGUCCCUAGUCAUCUGUUUCUCCACAAGGAUUUAGCUACCAAACAGUCCUGGAGUACAUGUAUGGCCGUCUCCGGGUUCGUCUCGCACAACGGGCAAACAGGGGUCACCGAAAUACGUCUUUGUUGAAGCCUAUCCCUCUUCGACAGGCUAUCCAAACAUGCUUGCCAGAAAAAGACUUUCGCUUUAGGAGGGGUAUCCAGGCCCCACACUCGGGGCCAAAUCGGCCGGACAGUGCGGCCCCGACCAAUGUGAUAGCAUGCCCCUUCUCGGACCACCGGAAUAGCCUCUGAUAAACUUCUCCAAAUCAGAGAAGGGUUACUCCUCACUUCUGCCUCCAAAACUGACUGAUCUACCAUUGAAGGUCGUUCGCUCUCAAAGUUCCUCAAGCAUCGAAAAACAAGUAUUCACAGCCCCUUCCCUUCCCUUAGAUGUGAAGCGAAGCCAAGAACGACUAAUGAGUGCUGAUCCACUCUGAAACCAACUACGUGGGGGUGAAUUUCUUGGGGCGGCUUUCGUCUUCAAGCGUGGAUGUCUUUCUAGGUUUAUCCUAGCCUAUUUUUCCGGCGGCGAGCUUUGCUCCGCUUGGUCCGGCAGUUUUGCUCAAUGAGUAUUAUUAGUUGGAAUUGUCGUGGACUCAGAAAUCCGGAAACAGUGCAACGUUUAGCGGAUAUUGUUCAGGCUCAUCGUCCGUCUGUGAUCUUCCUCAUGGAAACUAAAAUCCGAUGUCAAUGAGCAAAGGAUUUACUACGGGGAUAUGGUUUUGCCCAGUCUGUGGGUGUGGAUAGUGCGGGGCUUAGCGGGGGACUGGUCAUGGGAUGGAAUGAUGAUCUUGAGUUAAAUGUUGUACAAUGACAUGCAAAUGUUAUAGACACUACGGUCAGACUUGCCCCAAAUGAUCAAGUAUGGAGACUCGCCUUUUUCUAUGGAUUCCCGGAUACGGUGCGAAGCAGAGAAGCAUGGGAUCUUCUGACAGGAUUAGGUGAAAAUAAUAACAAGCCUUGGAUGAUUUUAGGUGAUUUUAAUGAUAUUUUAUAUGAUUCUGAAAAGAAGGGGAUCAUCUCUCACCGACUCUGGUGACUCAAAGGCUUUAUGGAGGCGGGGGCAUCAUGUGGGUUAAGGGGUUUCCCCUUUGAUGGAUAUCAGUGGACUUGGGAACGAGGUACUGGUACAAAUUACCAUGUGGAGGAGAAAUUGGAUAGAAUAGUUGUUAAUGAUGACUGGUGGAACAUGUAUACAACGGCACAGGCUCGAUGACAUGUAAGUGAUCAUAUGGUUUAUAUGUGAAAAUUAUUCCUGCAGUCAUGACGCGGAGAGCAAAAAUUUUCAAGUUUGAGAAUAGCUGGUUAAAGGAGGAGGAGUGUCGUACGGUGGUAGCCAAUAGCUGGAGUGCAAGUACUCAUCUCUCGGUCAGUGAGAGAAUUCUUUUUUGUGGAUCCGAGCUUCUGAGAUGGGAUGGUCGGCGUAAGAAGGGGUUCAGACAGCAGAUUCAGGCAUGCAAAAGGCGACUGGCAUGGCUACGCUGUAGAGAUGAUUGGCAAAGCACGAGGGAGUUUUUACAGGUUCGCUCUACACUUUAUUUUUUGUUGGAAAAGGAGAAUCUGUUCUGGAAGCAUAAGGCAAAGGAAUUUUGGCUAAAAGAAGGGGAUAUUAAUUCCUGCUUUUCCCAUAAUGCAGUAAAGAAGAGAUGGCGGAAAAAUAAAUUGGCUGGGCUAAAGCACGCAGAUGGCUCGUGGUGUUCUGACUAGGGAUGGCAAUGGGGCGGGUUUGGGGUGGGGGUACACUCCCCCAUCCCCGCCCCAUGUCUAAAAAGUUCCCCCCAUCCCCGCCCCAUCCCCUGUUACUCCCAGACCCACCCCAUCCCCACCCCACCCCGUUGUCCCCCACGGGUGCCCGCGGGUGCCCCCAUAUAUAUUUAAUUUAUCAUAUUUGCAUAUACUUUUAAUCGAUUCUAAAUAUGUGGUGCGGUUCCAAUGAGAAUGAUGCUUAACGUGAGAACAUCAGAAUACUCACAUUUAAUCCAAUGUGAUACACAAUAGAGCCCUUCUAGUGCACAUUUGGACUUUACUCAAUACAAACUAAUAUAAAUAAUCACGGUGACACUUUUAUAAAUAUUAUGCUUGAUACAAAAAAGUGCAUUGUGCGAGCCCAUUGUGCGUCACAUUGGGGAUAAAUAUGGUGUUCGCACGUUCUCACAUUAAGC